AUGGCCAGAAUUAGUGGGGAGGCGGCCGCGUCACCCGUUGCCAGCAGCUACCACGAGCAAGGUGCGCGCAUACAUGCGCCACCCGGGCAAGAUAAUCGUCGCGGCUGGUAUUGGGGCCAAGGUAACAGCGCCAGCGUCGACCAUUCCUGCGGCGAAGACCCUGCCGAACCCACAAACCAAGUCGAUUCCCAGCAAAGUGGACUUUUCAGCUCUGGAGAUCCACUCAACCCUCUGCUCGUAGGCUCUUCUGUUGCCGCAUGGGGUGGAGUUGGAGAAGAAUCAUCUGCCCGAGCUACUCCCUCGCAUGCCUCCGUCGUGGAGGAGGAUGAUGAUCUUCCGCCGCCAUGGAGCCCAGCCCACCCCUUGCCUUCAGUCGCCGUGGCCCAUCCACACCUCCCCCCCUCCCUGGCUGAGGAGGAAGUAGAGGAAAACAGCGACCGGCUAAAAGGACAUUUCACGGAGCCAGCUCCUUACGUCGGACAUCCCUAUUCCGCAUAUGGGCUGGGCGACAACGAUCAGCUGCUGUAUGAUAACUUGCACGAGGGCACCGCCGAAGAGCACGAAGAAGCAGAUGGUGGGGCCGGCGAUUACCCAUCUAACCCCCCAGUGCGGGCGCCGCAGCAAGCCCUGGGCCCCAACUCCCCGAAGGAUAUCGGGCUCGCGGGGUUUUCGGGGCUCUACGUGGACUUUGGCGAUGCCCGGAUCAUCUGCAGGAGCUUCCAUAUGCCCACGACGGUGAUCGAUGAGUUGGAGACAGCGGCUGCUGCUGCUCUUGCCGUUACCGGUGGCGAUGGCGGAUACGCUUUGCAAACCGAGGGAGAGGCGGAAGCCGGCCUGGCUCAAACUGUCUAA